AUGAGCCUUGUCGGCGUGGAAGUCGGCCCAAUAUAUUUGGCUGGCUUACUAAGGCACACCACUCCCCCACCGAACAUCGACAAUCCGCACAAACGCAGCGACCCCUUCCAAUUCGGCACCCGCUACCUCUCCGCAGACGACGACAUCUUCUCGCACAACGCCUGGGACCACGUAACCGUCGACCCAGCCUACGACUCCUUCAUCACAGCCCAAACAUCUUUCCAGCGGGACAACCAAGUUUCAGACUUUGACAAGCGACGCUUCAACGAGGCGCCGGAGAAGUGGUGGGACAAGUUUUACGGCAACAAUGCCACCAACUUUUUCAAGGAUCGCAAGUGGUUGGUUCAGGAGUUUCCUGUGCUGCGGGAGGUGACGCGCGAUGGGUAUGGGGAUGUUACUGUGCUGGAGGUUGGGGCGGGGGCAGGCAAUACGGCUUUCCCGCUGUUGGAGAUGAAUGCCAAUGCGGGGAUGAAGUUGUGGGCUUGCGAUUAUAGUCGGAAGGCUGUGGAGUUGAUUCGGGCGCAGGAGGCAUAUGUGCAACAGGCGGAGCCGGUAUUGAGAGCAGAGGUGUGGGAUGCCGCGGGCGAGACAUUACCGCCAGGCCUUGAAGCCGGAACGGUAGACAUUGUGGUUCUGAUCUUCAUCUUCUCCGCUCUGGCGCCGGCGCAGUGGGAGCGAGCAGUGCGCAACAUCUGGACUCUGCUCAAGCCUGGCGGCGAGAUUCUUUUCCGCGACUACGGGCGAGGCGAUCUGGCUCAAGUGCGCUUCAAAAAGGGGCGCUAUCUCGAGGAGAAUUUCUACGUGCGAGGCGAUGGGACGAGGGUGUACUUCUUCGAGGAAGACGAACUCCGCGAGAUCUGGUCUGGCAACAUCUUCAGCGAGCGUGAUGGGCCGCGGUUCGACAUUGUGAGCCUGGCUACUGAUCGACGCAUGCUGGUCAAUCGGCAGCGCAAGCUGAAAAUGUAUCGGUGCUGGAUGCAGGGACGAUUUAAGAAACCGGCUGAUGACGAGGCUGUUGACAUUUCGGAUAUUCGAAAGGAAGCAGAAACGGGCUGA